GGAGGGAGAGAGAGAGAGAGAGAGAAAGCACGCGCGCACAUCUUUCUACAAAGAGCCCAAGUUGUCGGAAAGCCGCGCGCGCAGCCCGGAGUGCGCAUGAGCGCCUGAAACCGGCUGUUAUUUUUGCGCGUGCGGUGUUUGUGUGGUGCGGCUCUGAAACAAAGGGACUCGAGCACGCGCCGUUUCUCCGCUCACCGGGAACAACUGGCUGCGAGGUAAACACUGAGCACGCGCACUGGAUUUUCACCCGCUUUUACCGCGUGUUUACUUCCCGUUUGUUUUUUGCCAAGAUGUCGGUGAGAAGAGUCGCGUUUUUACAUCCUGUAACUGUUUAAUUUCAAAGCGCCGACUGUAAAGAGCUACUCGUGCUGAAGGUCUGUCUGGAUGGAAAGAUGGAAUCAGAGGGACAGUGGUGGAAAAGCCAGCUCGCCUCGGAUAUCCAUCAAGCUCUGCGAAUUAAGGAGCUGAAGUUACCUACAUACCAUGCUCAUUCGCCGCAGAUCGGAAUGAGGCGCUACUUUGCCGACCUGCUCGCCGUCCUAAGUAAUCGCUACCAGUUGUGCCCCACGGCUCGCCACCUGGCCGUCUACCUGCUCGACCUCUUCAUGGACCACUAUGAUGUAGCUGUGAGACAACUUUACGUCAUCGCCCUUUCCUGCCUUCUCCUAGCCAGUAAAUUUGAGGAGAAGGAGGACCGUGUGCCGAAGCUGGAGCAGUUGAACACGCUGGGCUUCAUGUGCAGCCUCAACCUGGCCCUGAACAAACGCGACCUCAUCAAAAUGGAAUUGCUGCUGCUGGAGACCUUCGGCUGGAACCUGUGCAUGCCCACGCCAGCUCACUUCAUUGACUACUACCUCCACGCCGCUGUGCAGGAGGGGGACCUGCACAACGGCUGGCCCCUAACCUCUCUGUCCAAGACCAAAGCCUUCAUGGACAAAUACACGCACUACUUCCUGGAGAUUUCCCUGCAAGAUCAUGCCUUCUUGCGCUUCAGACCCUCGCAGGUGGCAGCCGCCUGCAUCGCAGCCUCUCGCAUUUGCCUGCAGAUUUCCCCAAGUUGGACAACCGUGCUUCACCUGCUGACGGGAUAUUCCUGGGACCACCUGACCCAGUGCAUCCAGCUCAUGCUGCUUGCGCACGAUAAUGAUGUGAAAGAAGCCAACAAAUCCAAGUCGUCACCUUCAUCCAGUCAGAGUGCACAGCCUCAGGCUCACGUCUCGCCCAGCCCUGCUCCCUCAGCCCUACAGAGACACCCUGCGUCCACCUCACAGCAGCUACUGCUCCAGACUGGCAGUUACCCGCCGCUCUCUCAGCACUCCCCUGCUCUGGCACAGCUGCACAUGCUGGCCGAGUGCCAGGCCAUGGGCGCAGUGAGCACGCGGGAAUACCUCCAGCCGCACCAGGCUAGCCUGCUCUCUUCCUCUAUGCCCACUGCGUCAUUCCCAUCUUUCCCCAGUCUGGCAUCAGGGCUGUGCGGCUUGCCCUUGCAAGGACCCCUCUCCAUGCAAGUAGGCAUGGCGGCGGAACCACGACCCUGCGUGGGCCUGGCUUACACCAACAGCUACCUGGGCUCACACCACAGCUUCACAGCCGGAUGUUUCGACAGGUGACGCCAGGAGAGGGAGGGCAGACUGAACUCGGCGCGCCCGCUGUCCUCCGCCCUCCUCUCCACCUCCCCGGUGCCAUCCACUCUCAGCCAGAGGCACAGACUUUCUAAACAGAAGGCCCACAGCCGAACAGAUCCAUCAAAGGUCAUAGUGUUAAGUUGAAACAAGCUCAAGUGUGGACCUUCUGCCCUUUUUUUUUUUCCCCCUUCCUUUUAAACACCUAGGUGCCUGUUGAGAAAAGAUAUCUCAAAGACUACAGCAUGCCCAUGUAUGUAUCACGUUCUGAAAACGUGAUGGGAGGAAAACAGAACGCCAGCGCUGCAAGAUAUAUAUAUGAUAUGAUAUUAUCAGACACUUAGAAAUGUCCCACAGGAGCAUUUUAGUUCCAUACAAAGCCUUAAGAAGAGAAACUGUGGAGAUCAGUUUCCCAAACUGCUGUUUUUCCCCUUUUCUUUCUGUUUUCUUGUUUUUUUUAUUUUUAUCAUUUUUAAAAUAAGGCGUCCUAGAAAUUUCACACUGGAAUUAUUGUGUCGUCCUUGAUGCUGCUGCCUUAAAAGUCAGAUGCUGGCUUUAUGACCAAGAAACCUGUCUCCCUUUUCAGUAUCGUUUACAGUGACUAAAUAACACACAUAUCAGGGAUGUGCAGAUUACUUGAAAGAAAAAAAAAUGCCAUUGAAAAAAUACCAGCCGAUGUUUGUUUGUAUGAAGUGGUGAAUCUGUAAAUGUGUUUUGUAUGUGAUCUGCUUUAAAGGUGAUCAUGUCUGGGAAGGAAGGUUACUUGCAGCUUUGGGCUUAGAUCCCCAUCCCUCCGGUCUUCCUACAGGCAGAUGGAAGGGAAGCCCCAGGGGAGCAAGGCAUCUGUCCUGUCGCCUCUGUAACUCGCGCUGGAGGAAGCUGAGCUUUACAAGCUGCUUACCCAGGCGGGGGCAGCGGGGGGGAGACUCCUCCUUGAUUCAUCCACGUUAAGCUCACUACCAUAGAAAGAUGACUUCAUUGUCUUUUACCUCAUUCUUUUAGUCGCCGCGGUGCAUGCAGAUUACCUCACGCUACUGCUGUGCCGAAUGACGCUCAGUCGUUCUGCGAUCACACGCGAGGAAACCGGACACAUUUGGUAGAUUAGAGAAUAUUAUACAGUUGCAUAAUCAGCUAUACUACUGAUCUGGCGCUUAUAGGAGAUCUAAUCACACACGUGCGCACGUGCAUAGCGAGCUUGACGAUGGUGUUAUGAGUAAAGACAUCAGAGAUGAUGUGUUGUUCUGAAUUCCAUGAUUAUUUUUUUUUGUCAUUCCAUACUGUUUUUACUUUGUUGUGAAAGUCAGACACGUUUUCCUAGAACACUAAAGAUUAGACGAGCAUCAACUCCGAGUCCAUUUCUCUCAGGUUUUGUUGGGUUUUACAGGGAUGUCGACUGCACAGUAAAGUCAACCGGCAGCAAGACCAAAGUGUCUGCUUUAUGUCCUGCUUAAAUUCUAAGCUUUUUAACCACUUUACUGGACUUUGGAUCCAAAUCGUCCUCUGAUAGUCCUGAAUCUUGAACUACCUCAACGUAUGCUAUUGUUUUGACGCUGAUUUUGCAGGACUUCGAUUUGAUUUGAUUUGUUUUGAUUAGAUUAUCUUCUUUCUGACUGGUCAUGAGCUUCAGGAUUAGUUUUAAUCCACAGAACAUUGAAUUCCUUUAUGUUGAAGUCUCAUUAUGUAGGUAGAUGAAUUGUGUUCACUGUAACGGAUGGAUAUAGGCACGGAUUUGUAUUUCAGUUCCUUGUAUUUCAGUGAAGCCUCUGUGUGUGCAAUACGUAACCAUUAAUUUCAUGUUACUGCAGAUCUGUCACGUUGUUGUUGUUGUUGUUUUUUUUAACUUUACCACUACAUUAUUUUUAUUAUUUUAGCCUUAGUGUGUUUUAUAACAGGAUAUUACUGCUAGAAGGCAGUGAUUGAAGGUUUUUUUUUUUUUUUAAUCGUCCACCAAGAAAAUGUUGCACAUUGCAACCGAUGUCUGCUAAAUCCAGAAGUUUAGUAGAUCAGUGAGUACUGAUAGAGUUCAUUCAGUGGUCUAUGGUUUUAUUUAAAAGCCUGUAUUUGUGUAGGAGAUUAAGGCCAGUGGGGACGGGAGGGAAAACAUGCCAUUUGGA